AUGUCUUUGUGCCCACAGCUGUAUGAGAACUUCAUCAGCGAGUUUGAACACAGGGUGAACCCCUUGUCCCUGGUAGAGAUCAUCCUUCAUGUGGUCAGACAGAUGACAGAUCCCAAUGUGGCUCUUACUUUUCUGGAAAAGACUCGAGAAAAGGUGAAGAGCAGCGAUGAGGCCGUCAUCUUGUGUAAAACCGCCAUCGGGGCGCUCAAGCUGAACAUCGGGGACCUGCAGGUCACCAAGGAGACCAUCGAGGAGGUUGAGGAGAUGCUGAACAAUCUCCCUGGGGUGACUUCGGUUCACAGCCGCUUCUAUGAUCUCUCCAGCAAGUACUACCAGACGAUUGGGAACCAUGCCUCUUACUAUAAGGAUGCUCUGCGGUUCCUGGGGUGCAUUGAUGUUAAAGACCUGCCAGGUAACUCCUCUCCCAACCAUGGAAAGCCCCAGUUUUCAUUUUCUGUUUUGUCUCUUCACCCUAAAUAA